GUUGCAUAUAUCUUUGUACUGACUGUAUUGAUAAUGCAGCUUACCCGAAUUAACUAAAGUAGAGAGUGCUUAAGAAUAAUAAGAGUUUGAGUCUUACUAUUAGUCAGUUAGUGAUAGUCAUCACAUUCAGAGUAAGACACUUGAGACAUUCAGUUAUCAGUUGAGUUUUGAGUGAGUGAGAGUAUCUCAAUUUCAUUGUCCUCAUUGUGUCAUGACACUUCACUAUAGUCAUAGUCAUAGUGUCAGUAUCUUAAAAAUAUAAUUAUUCUAUCUUGUCUUGUAGUAUCUAGGCCUAUGUUAAGGGAUGCACCCUUCAAGUUUCAGUGAUCAGCUAUUGCUAAUACCUAAUAUAAUCUAUAAUAAUAAUAUAUUUCGUGGACUCGAAAUCAAUUGAGAGUUUCAAGGCUGCCCUGGCACCCACUAGGAGCGGUUAGGAUGGCCGCAUCGUUUCCGAAACCGUUGCACACAUGCCAGUACUUGGUUGCAGCAACGUAGUCUAUCAGAAUAAUAUAGUUAACUACCAGUCAAGCACUAGACUAGACCCUAGGGUACAUUCAGACGUCUUGGUUGCCAUGAUCCAUGAAAGGUCAACCUGAACCCUAAACCUUUGUAAUUAAGUUAAACAUGUAAAUGGCAUAAAAAAAUUGCUUUUUUAGCCAACCCAAGUUCGAGCUGGGCAUUCUAUUAUGUGUUGGCUUGUGGUUUUUCAAAAGGCAAGGGGUGGUGCUGAAAGGCUUGGGAAAUUUUAAGAAACGGUGGGUGGAAAGUAAUUUUGAAUUGAAAAUGUCAUGUUUCAAAGAAACUUUAGGCCCUAUACAUAAUAGCCUAGGAAUAUGUAAUAUGUAUAACUAUAUUUUAUAUUAUAUAACAUAUGGUUUUGAUUGUCAGUGACCAAGAAAGGUGGAUUAAAGAUAUAUCUUUUGCAAUACGAAAAGGAUAAAAAUAACUGAUCUAUUUUUCAAACUAAUGUACCAGCAUUUAUUAACAAUACAUUUAAAUUUAGGUAAGCAGUGUGAGUUGAAAACACUAAGACUUGUAUUAUUACAAAAGAGCCUCAGACUGACAAGCAUGAUUAUUGAUUUGCUUUUAUUUUUUUUUUUUUAUCCCUGGCUUGGAUGCAUCACAUUAUGUAACAUUGUAUUGUUGAUUGAUAAAUUGGAGAAUUUACUUACAGUCAGUCAUUGAAGUAUUAAUCCUACCUGCUUUUAGUGAGCUUCUAUCAUAUAAAGACAAGGCUGAGAAUAUGGAGAUUAGUUGUACAGCAUAGGCACAAAACAGAAUAUGGAGAUUUUUAGUUGUACAGCAUAGACACAAGGCUGAGAAUAGGGAGAUCAGUUGUACGCAUAGACACAAGACUGAGAAUUAAAGAUUAGUUGUGCAGCAUAGACACAAGACUGAGAAUAUGGAGAUUAGUUGUACAGCAUAGACAUAAGACUGAGAAUAUGGAGAUUAGUUGUGCAGCAUAGACAUAAGACUGAGAAUAUGGAGAUUAGUUGUAUAUUAGGGUAGUAAGUAAGCAAAUUAGCUUGCAUAUUUUAUGUAACACAUUGUAAAUAGUUUUUUUAGCAAGUCAACAAAAAACAUAUUUCCUAUUAUAGAGCAGUUCUACAAAUUUCAGCGACCUAAAUUACUGCAAUAAUUUAACUUUUAGAACACUGUCAAAAUAACUGACUGUUCCUGAUUGUCUUUGUUGAAAGCGAUGCACUAUAAAUUGAUCCUUUUAACUUUAUGUUCGUUGGAACAAAUGCUUCUCAAUGUGCUGAUUUCAAAGAUAUCACGCAUUCCAUUAUAAAGUUUAUCAUAAAUUUGCAGUUGUAAUGGAAUGAGAACUGCCUUUAAAAACUGUGUUUCUUACUUAGGAAUAAAAUUUAUAACUCUGUUCAAACUUAAUAUGCUCAUUGACACGAGUUAUAUUAAUUUACUAGCCCGUCAGAGUUAGCAGAUAAAGAUUUUCAAAUGAUUAUCUGGUAAAGCGAAUACAGAAUUUUCCUUUGAUGGAAGUCACAGAUUGAGUUGAAAACCCAUUUUUAUGAUUGAUGCUGUUGUUUUUUCAGCAGAAAGGAUUUUAAACCAAAGUAUAAAUAUUUGUACCAAGGGUUUUUCCUUAUCAUAUUCUCCACAGUGUAUGCUCCUUGUUGCAUUCUUAUCAUUGUAUGUAGUGGAAGGUGAUUUUGGUAAUGUUAGUGAGAUUUACCUGAAUUAAGUUUCUGCCAAUACACCUUAAAGAAGGCAUAAAUUUCUGGUUUACCAAGUUAUGCCACAUUUACAUGAUGGAAGAUUACCAAAGAAGACUUCAGAUAUCCAAAACUCUUGCUAAAUAAUCAUUUUACUAAAGUAGUAAAGGACAAUUAAAUUAUUCAGCUUAUAAUGGAAUUAAUGAAAUAAUAAGAUUCAUUUGUAUUUGAUGAAUUUUUUAAAUAAAUGUAACAAUUUUACAUGGCUUUGUGUAAUUAUCUUCCAGAAGGCUGUGAAUAUUUAUCCUUAAAAUGCUUAUACUUAGGUUGGACAAGGGGCGGUGAAUGUGAGUUUAUGGGCCCCAGUUUGAGAACCACUUUGCCAGACUAUAGCCUUAUUAUAAUUAAGGUUUAAGACAGUGGGGCGUUAAGGGCCAGAGAUUGAGAACCACUAGUCUAGACUUACAAGGCAGUUUAUGAAAUGACACGCUGUCCUUCUCGCAGGAGAACCUUGACUCCUGGUAAAAUUUUGCCUUACGUAAUGCUUUUUUUGUCGCAAGGUCUUCCUUUUGCGCAUCCUCUGCCUUUUUGGACUCCUUGAUACACUGCUGUUUGCCUGCUGGAACGGUGAUUGACUAUAGCCUUACGAUAAUUGAGGUUUAAGUUUAAGGCCAUAACAUGUGUAAAUGUGUCUCACACUAUCUCUAGUCAGGCCUUUCAGUGCUUAGUGACUUGUUUCUUUUAAAAAAUCUUGACCAAGGAAAUUAAUUUUAUUGUUAUUAGUGGAAUGUGUUCUUGGUAAAAGCUGCUUGUACUUUUCUUUGCUCAUUUAUUAACCUGUCCCUGUGUUUCGUUUUGUAAACUCUCCCAGUAAACAUGCUCAUUUAUCAUGAGAGGGAUCAUUAUUUCCACUUUCAAUCUCGUGAUUUGCAUUACUCUUAUCAUUGGUCAUCCCAGUGUCACAAGACUACAGUACUAGCCCUUAGUCAUAGUGAAUGAUAUUGCAAUAUACAUUGAUGAAUCAAGAUUUGCCCAUAGAAAAUGAUAGGGCGAUAAAGAUUUUUGAUACAUUACAUUUUUAUUUUUAAUAUGGAUAAUGUGGGGACAAAUGGGUGAACAUCACAAUUUAAAAAAAGUCACCUACACUAUGCUACAACUUGAUAAUACAAAAAAAAAAGUAUCAUAUUUUUUUUGCACACUUGCUGAUAUAAACAUUCCAAUCACUUUUAUAACAAAACAAAUGUAAAAUAUUUUUGUUGAUACAAUGCAAGACAGAUUUUUUUCUCAUUGUUGAUUAAUAUUUUAUCCAGCAGAUUGUAAAAUCAUCAGACUUCAACAUGGUUCAGCGUGAUUACAGUGUGGGUCAAAGAGUUGCCUUUGCUGGGUUAACGAUAGGGUUUUUGAUGUGCGCUGUGGGAGCUAUAGCCCCCUUUUGGGUGACUGCCAAAGUAAGUUGAAUUUAAUCAUAGUUUAUAUUUAAUCCUAUAACUGUCAAGAACAAAUUUCUAUAGCAUCAAGCCAUUUUUAGCAAUUUCAUAUGCUUGUCAGAAAUGACAAAAAUCCCAGACUAAAUGAAGUCAAAGACCCUUACAAGUAUACAUUUUCUGAAAGCACAUUGGACAAGGUAUCUUAUGGUAUGAAAAGAAUUUGUUUUUAUAUAAUGUUUAUUGAUAUUGGCCUUGACCUUUACAGAGUGAGCAAUAUUUUACUACUCAAAAUCUGAAUUCAACCCACCCUCAAUACUCCAUAAAUUGUUAAUACUAUCAUAAAAUCAAUUUUUUGAUAAACUAGAAGCAAUAUUCUUUCAUAAAAUGACAAUUUAUAGUUACUUAUAAGGAAAAUUGUGAUAUUGGUGAAUUCUUUUUAUUCACUACCUUCAAAUUUCUGUCAGUUUAGGUUAUUAUAUCCAUUUUUUAUUAAUUAAUACUCCAGAACAUAUACAAUCAUAAAAUCUGAGCAGUAACUCUUUGAGAUCCAUCUGUGUCUUUUUCUGUUCGAUUUCAACCCUUUCUCAAACAAAUUUGGCCGUAACAAUAUGACUAAGCUGAGGGACAAUAUCUGACUCUUAUCUCAACAUUACGCUAGAGCCUAUGCUGUCAUUACUAGCACGUGCAAUAUCUCUGAUAUCUUUGCUUUCAUUUUAAUAUAUUUAAAAUAAUUCUAAUAAAGAAAUUCUGUGUUAAUUUUGAAAUCCCAAAGGAGGCCCCUCUCUGGCAUCAGACAUUAUGGCAGUGAAACAAAUUUGAGAUAAUUUCACAUCCGAUAAAUUACAAAAAAGUGCCUGAUAAAAGCACAUAAACACACUGGUAGUAACGGAAGUAGGAAGCAAACUCAUUUACUAAUGAUUAUCGGCCAUUAUGACAGUUAUAGGGUUAACGUAAUUUUUAAAUCCUUGAUACGGUCAUUAACUUUGCUUUUGUUUGUGGACUCACAUCCCAUCAACCCAUCGAGCUGAAACUUUGCACAUAGUCUCGUUGCUGAUAACAACACAUUCUUUCAAAUUUUCAACCCCAACCCCAAAAAUCUGUUUUUGUAAGGGAAGAUGAAGGAAAGAUGAAUUUGCCAAAUUGUCAAAUAAAAUUCCAGAUAACUGCACUAAAUGAGAUUCUUUAAAAAAAAAAAAGUGCGUUUGGUGCAGAAUAUUUUCUUUUCUUUUCCUGAAAUGGUGAAACAGAUGUGCAAUGUAAAGGCGGGUGGGUAAUUAGGAUAUUAAUAUUGUUCAGGGGGCUUGAAUAAAAUGUGUGUUUGCUAGCCAUUGGGGGGGGGGGGGGGGGGGGAGCACUGAUAUAAAGGACUUAUACAAAAAACUUUAUUUCUAUGGGUUGUUGAAUGGUGGAUUGGUCAUGGAUGAUGGAUUGGUCAUGAAUGAUGGAUUAUUCAAAGAAUCUAUAACCUUAAUAUUUUAUUCAUUGUUCUGUUUUAUCAUUGUUCAUAAGUUUUGUCAGCAGAAAACAUUAAUUCAAUUUUUCUCAUUAAUAGAGAAGCUUUAUUCAACACAAAAUAAGCGUGACCCUAUUGCUGUACAUUCACAUAUUUUGUCGUUUAAUCUUCCUUCGCUAUCUUUGAACUAGAGAUUUAAUGCAACUGCAGCAGUUUAUCUGUUUUCACACUUGAAUAAUAUUUGUUUUAUAUAAAUCUGUUAGUCACAUGGAUGCUUUUUAUGUGAUGAAUAGAUUAUGGUAGUAAAUCUACUGAAAAUCCUGUGGCAUAACUUUAGCUGUGUUUGAUGGGCCAUAAGAAAUAACGAGUUAUAAAUUAUUACCGGUCUGCUAAAUACAUCUGUUAUUUUAUGAUGAUGUCCCAAUGAUAACGAAAGGGAAAUAAAUGAUUAAAUUACAAGACUGGUGGAGGUUUUCAGAUUCUCAAAUGGGAAAUCAUUUAUCUCUUAUUCUGAACUUUCCUGAAUGUUUUAUACAAUGUAAAUGGUUUGGUGUUUAUUAGUAAUACAGUUGGAUCAAAUCUUUGUAUAAUUCAAGGUUCGGGGGGGGGGGGGGGGGGCCCCUCAGUGUUCAAUCCAGUUGGUNAGAUCUUUGUGUUAUCUAAGGUUCAGGUGGGGCACCUCAGUGCUCCAUAGAGUUGGUUCAGAUCUUUGUGUUAUCUAAGGUUCAGGUGGGGCACCUCAGUGCUCCAUAGAGUUGGUUCAGAUCUUUGUGUUAUCUAAGGUUCAGGUGGGGCACCUCAGUGCUCCGCAGAGUUGGUUCAGAUCUUUGUGUUAUCUUAAGGUUCAGGGGGGGGGGGGGCUCAGUGCUCAAUAAAUAAUAUCAUACAGUUUAAAUAUCAUAGAAACUCAUUUUUGUUUCACAGGGGUGCCCUUAGCACCUGGUCACCAGGGUGCCUAAAAUUUUGACCAAAUGCCCGACUUUUCAUGUUCUUUUUAUAUCAAAUUUUCUAAAUUCAUUAUACUGGCUCCUGAAUAGUUUUUAGUUGUGUACACUUCAGCAGUCAAUCUUUCACCUCAUCCUCCUAACUCCCCACGCCCAUUCAAUUAAAAAUAAACCUGUUCAUUACUGCUGAUUUCUAUUGCACAUACACCUGACUGCUUGCUUCUAGUGCACAGACACCUGACUGACGGAUAAGCUCUCACCCACCAACAAGCCAACCAUCUCCCCUAGUACAAUUAACAAUUGUCCAAUGUAAUGCAAAACAAAUGUAUUUUUAAUACAGACAGCACAAUUAACUACACACUCCAUUGGUAGACUCCAGACAACAUAAUUGCCUAAGCACCUUAUUGGUAGACUCCAGACUAAGCACUCUGUUGGCUGGUAGACUCCAGACUAAGCACUCUGUUGGUAGAUGCAAGGCUAAGCACUCUGUUGAUAGACUCCAGACUAGCACUCUGUUGGUAAACUCCAGACUAAGCCCUCUGUUGGUAGACUCCAGACUAAGCACUCUAUUGGUAGACUCCAGACUAAGCACUCUAUUGGUAGACUCCAGACUAAGCACUCUAUUGGUAGACUCCAGACUAAGCACUCUAUUUGUAGACUCCAGAAACUUUCAUGAAGUCUGCUAAAAGAGAGAAACUAAUUUUUAUUUCUGAAAUGAAAAAAAGAUUAAAAUAUCAUUUUAAAAAAAUUCAAAUAUCUCUUCAACAAUUAUUUUUAUCUCAUACAAUUCUAAAGGAAACUUAUUUAAGAACUUUCCAUAGACAGCCAUUUAAAAAAAAAACUCAUAUUAAGAUUGAUUAUUUUAAUUUGACACAUAAGCAAAAUAAAAUGUUUAAUUUUAAAUUUAACAUUUUUUCAGGUGUCACUUGAUAGUGUAACAAAAAUUUUUGGUGAAAGCAUUCCUAUAAUUGGUAGCAUUGAAUUGCUCUCAAUGCAUGGUGGUUUGUGGUGGAAUUGUGUAGAACUCGUAGCUCAAGAGAGUAAAUGUGAGGCUAACUCACUGGAAAAUAGCACUGGUAAGUAAACUACCCUAAAUGAGUCAAUUGUUGGUGAUAAGCCAGCUAAUGCAGAUAAGUCAACUAGUACUGAUAAGUCAACUUAAAAACAUUGGUACCGGUAUGUAAGUUAAGUUUCGUAGAAUCAAUAAGUCACCAAUGACUUUUAGUAGUUUAAGAGUGUGUUGUACUAGGUUUAUUUAUUUAGAUACUUGUAACAUUAAAGUAAUGCAUUACGAAAAAGAUGUUUAACAAAAAUUACACUACACUGAUUAAAAAAAUUGUGUUCAAAAUUGUUUAGUCUUUUUAAUCCUCUUGGGAUGGCUGGGCUGGACCUAUCGGCGAAGAAUUUUAUGCUGAAAAAGACGAGAAGCCCAGUAAUAAAAGUCUAGAAAAUUGGCUUGCUGGUCUUUGUACCAGUUAAUCACAUUGCUUCUUGGAUUGCACGCUCAUCUUGCCAUUAUACUGACAGCUGCCAUUAAUAUUUUUCUUUCAUUUUAUAUCAAUUUUUUUGUGUACCUUGUGACCCCUAAAAUAGCUUAAAAAAUAUUUUACCUUGAUAUUUGUUAAAAGGCAUCAGACCCAAGGGCAUAGUUUAUGCAGUGUUUCCCAUUGAAUCUCAUUCAAAUAUUGGUUAAGACUUAUUUACUAAGCUUCAAAAUUAAAAAAUUAAAACAAAAUUCUGCAAGUUAGAAGUGUAAAAAAAAUUGCAUGCAUAAAUUAUGCAAAUCAGGAUAUCUAAUUUGCAUAAAUGUUGAGAUUUCAGUUUCAUUCAUAAAGAUGGUAAUAGUUCAUUCAAUUCUCUACAAUAAAAUAUGUAUAUUAUUAUGUAGUUUUAUAUUUGUAAAGUAAUUAGUUUAUUUUGUAUAAUUUGUUUUUGCAAUAUAAGUGCUGAGCUUGUAAAAAGGGCUCUGAGCUUGUAAAAAUAAAGGACUUCAUCUUCUUAGCUCUGACACCCCAAGAAAACACUGUCUCAAAGGAGUUUAAAGAAAGUAAAGUUUCAUAUUGUUACAAGAUAAUAAUAAUAAUAAUAAUAAUAAAGUUCAUUUCAAAAACACGCUUCAUCCCCAAAGGCUCGAAGCGCGGUACAAAGUAAAAAAAAAACAAAUCUAUAGUUUACCACAUUUAAAACAAACGCAACACGACAAAAACUAAGUACAAGCAUACAAUGGCAAAGUCUUUCUAGCCAUUUCAACCAUAAGCAACACAGCCAUUAUGCAUUAACUGGAAAAUAAUGUUGACAAUCAUCCCAGAAGGUGUUUGCGAAAUAGAUGUGUCUUUAAAUCGGUUUUAAAGGACUCCAGUGUCUGGUUGUUUCUGAGAUCGACAGGAAGGGCGUUCCAAAUUAGUGGACCAGCAAAUGCGAAAGUGCGCUUUCCGUAAGUCUCAAGGCAAACACGUGGUGUCGAGAGUUUGCCACUAUCGGAUGAGCGGAGCUCUCUAGUGGGUACAUAAGGCGUCAGCAGCUCUUUCAGAUAGGACGGCGCCAGGUCAUGUAAGCAGCGGUAGCACAAAGUUGCGAUUUUGUACUCUAUGCGAGCACGCACCGGCAGCCAAUGCAACUCUCUCAGAAGUGUUUUUGCAUGGUCAAACUUGCGUUUGCGGAGAACAAUGCGAGCCGCAUUAUUCUGUGCUAUUUGAAUUUUAUCCAGGAGCGUAGCUGGAAGACCCACCAUAAGAGCAUUGCAAUAGUCCAUGCGUGAUAGCACAAAUGCAGACAUCAGCCUCUUUGUUGCAUCAAUUGUUAGGAAGGGCCUGAUGUGACUAAUCCUGCGCAGCUCUAGAAAAAUCGCCUUGCAUAGCAUGUUAAUAUGACUUUCAAAAGUUAGUCUUCCAUCUAGGUAGACACCCAGGUACCGCACUGUUUGAGCUAACUCAAUACGCACACCUGAGAGAGUAAUGGAUGUAGUGUUAUUUGCAGAUUUUUGCUUCUGAGCGUUAUUGUUAGGGGUAUAGGCCACACUUUUUCUCCCAAAUUUAUUUUUUAAACUAAAGAUGCAGCUUAAAAUAAUUAAAUGUUGCCCAAAAAAAAAAAAAAAAAUGAUCUGUGCGAGCAACGCUAAGUAAAGAUGCAGGAUAUAAUCAGGAAUGGCCUUUACUUGGAACUAAGGAUGUUAAACAAUAACCAAUCCCGCUUUUCAGUUUUGGAGGAAAUUAUUUUUAUCAUGACUUUUAAAAUACCCAAUAACAAUAGUCAAUGUAUUUUAUUAUUAUUCCAUUAAUUCAAUACUUCUUUUUAUUGUACAAAAUAUCGAUAUCUGGCUAAUGUUAAAAACUGGUUUUAACAGGACUUUUUUAAUCUGGAAAAGUGGUUGCCAUGUUGCCGUCAAAAUUUAUUGUGGUACACACAGCAAGUUGCUAGAUUACAGUCUCCCAUAAUUUAUUUUGCACCCUUCCCCACCAAAUAUAAAAUGAAUGCGUACGUUAUUAAAAGUACCCGAAGCCUCCCCCGAGGCACGCAGCCCUAAAACUUGUCUCGUGAAAUAUCAGGGCUGUUUAAGAUGUAUUGCGAAUAGGGGUCAGUUCCAGGGGGUUUGGGGGUUGGAGCUCGCCCAAAACCCUGUCCUUCCCGAAAUGUAUAUGUAUUUAUUUCUUAGCAAACAAAGUACAGGAACACCGUUCUCAUGCAUCUCUGCAAGACUCCAGCCCCGAUUGUAAAAAAUAAAAAACUGGUUUAAAACCAGUUCUCCAAAAAUAUUUUUUUUUAAACUUGGAACAUUGCUGUAAGCAUAACUUUUUCAUGUAGUAAAAUUGUGAUGAUACCACUGUGUGAUUAUUUAUAUGGCUAUAAAUAUUUGGAACUGAAAAAUAGGCUAUAUUUUUAAUUCUUAUGACAGAUGCGCUGUAUUUUUAAUUGUUAUUACAAAUAGGCUAUAUUUUAUAUUCUUAUGACAAUUAGUCUAUAUUUUUAAUUUAUAUGAAAAAUAGGCUAUAUUUUAUAUUCUUAUGACAAUUAGUCUAUAUUUUAUAUUCUUAUGACAAAUGGGCUAUAUUUUUAAUUUAUAUGAAAAAUAGGCUAUAUUUUAUAUUCUUAUGACAAUUAGUCUAUAUUUUAUAUUCUUAUGACAAAUGGGCUAUAUUUUUAAUUCUUAUGAAAAAUAGGCUCUAUUUAUAUUCUUAUGACAGAUAGGCUAUAUUUUUAUUUCGUAUGACAAAUAGGCUAUAUGUAAAAUUCUUUUAAUAAAUAGGCUAUAUAUUGUUUAAUUCUUGUUAUGUCUAACUGAACCAAAACAUUUUUAAUAACAUAGAGAUAACUUUUAAAGCAUGCGAUAGAAAUUAUUGACACAUGACAAAAAAAACAAAGAAAGAAAGAUGGUAUGUAUAGUAGAUUCACAAAUGUCUUUUGUGUACAAUUUCAGCUGGCGAUUGGGUCAUUCGAGUGGGUUCUGCAGUGAAUGUCCUUUUGUCUUUGUUCUGUGCCCUGGCUGCCCUUUGUAGAAGUUGCUGCUGUGGUGGUGGCAAGACUGUCUGUCAUGGAGUUAUGGCAUUCUUUGCUGGUAAGAAUACAUGAAAACUUUGAUCUCUUGUCUUGCCCAUUUCCCCACCUUAAUUUGAUUUUCUACUUUGCACAUCUCCCCAUCUUACUUUGAUCUCUUUCCUCACGCAUCUCCCCUCUUACUUUGAUCUCUUACCUCGCCCAUCUCCCCUUCUUACUUUGAUCUCUUACCUUGUACAACUCCCUAUCUUACUUUGAUCUCUAACCAUGUGCAUCUCAAAGCCUUCAGAUAUUAAAUGACAAUAGCUCCAUCUCCAUCAAUAUCCCCACAAGGAAUUAUAUGAACUUUGACUUAGCCAUGGCUGGACAAACAGUUGAACCCAGGACGGCUUAAAUAUGUGUAACCAUGUGCUGGUGAUAAAACAGCAGACAGUUUUAAAAUAUAUACUCAAUAAAUUCAGAUCUUGAGGACUAUAGAUUUUUUUUGGUUCUAUAGACAAUGCCAAGGUAAAAUCUAAAGAUAAUGUCCAAAGAAAAAGGACAAUACAAAUUGGCCAGAAUGGUGCCGGCGAAGAGUGCCACACCUUAAGGAUGAGAUGAGAAAUUUGAAUGCCAAUCACCUAUAAGCGCAUCCAUUAUAAAUAGGGCCGUGCAGACAAACGAGAGAGCAUCUAUGUCACACAAAGACCAAGACGGUCUACUACUAGCCUUGGAGCAUAAUUUCCUGUGGUGAAAUGACAAUUCCUAAUGACUCCAACCUGAAUAAUAGUUAAAAUUCUGAACCAAAACCCUAAAGACCUACAUGUAUCUGUACACCUUAAAGCCCUAUAUGUAUCUGUACACCCUAAAGACCUAUAUGUAUCUGUACACCCUAAAGACCUUUAUGUAUGUGUUCGUGCCCUAUCUCGGCUAUCCAAGAUACCACUUUUAAAAUUUGUACAAGAUAAUUAGUUACAUAGACAUUUUAAAAAAAGGGGUUGGAACUCAUUACUAUAUACACACCCUCUAACAAAUGUGGACUUUCAAAUAUGCAGUUGUAAAGAUAACAAAAUCCCCUUUCCAACAAGGUAUAAUUUAUAAAAUAAUACCCAAGGGUUCCCCAGAAAUAAAUUAUUAAAAUGAUCCCAAAACCACAGUGGUUUCCCCAGUUUAAGCAUUAUACACGAUGGAGGUCACAACAUUCAUGCCGUGUAGUACAUAAACCAGAGGUCAAAGUCCACAACCCAGGUUCAAUGCAAAAUACUAUUUUGUUACUCAAAAUAAUUACUGAAAACAAUUAGAUCUAGAUUCGUUGGGCAGGUCUGCUGAAAGAUUUGGGAGACUUUGUGCUGAAAGAUUUGGGAGACAAGUCUGCUGAAAGAUUUGGGAGACAGGUCUCCAAUUUUUUAAUACAUAAUAAAAUUUUGAGGGAGGUAUAAUCAAGAUUUAACAAGGUUGUUUUCCCUUCUCUUUGCAGGCGCUGCAGGUGUCGCUGUUGUAGUGGUGUUUUCUCAGUCCAUGGAAGAUUUCUUUUUUUACAAGUUAUCUCUGGUCAAGUACGGCUGGGCUUUCUUCGUUUACAUUGCAGGAUCAGCUCUUGUGACCAUCAUGUCUUUUGUGCUCUGCUUUGCCUCACCCAUGAAUCCCUUCACUCCAAUGGUAUGUAUAGUGUCUUAGUGUACACAAGGGGGUCAGGUGUUAGCCAUCAGCUCUUGUGACCAUCAUGACUUUAGUGUACACAAGGGGGUCAGGUGUUAGCCAUCAGGUCUUAGUGUACACAAGAGGGUUAGGUGUUAGCCAUCAGCUCUUGUGAACAUCUUGUCUUUUGUGCUCUGCUUUGCCUCACCCAUGAAUCCCUUCAUUCCAAUGGUAUGUAUAGUGUCUUAGUGUACGUGUAAGGGGGUCAGGUGUUAGCCAUUAAUUUACAUAGCUCAAUGCAAUCACCAGCAUUGGAAGAUCCUUCUCACUGACUGAGCCUCAUUUUCAUGUCCAUUUUUUUGGUACUGAAUGUUUUUUUUGUAAAAUGACAAGUCAGACUUGUGGUUUGAAAUUCUGCAACUUAAAGCCCAAGUUUUUGUUGAUUUACGGUGUGCAUUUCUUAAAACUCAUUUAGUUAUUCAAUGUGUCUAUUUAAUAGAUCUAUAAAAUGGUGUGCAUAAAUGUGGCCAUGAUUUCACUGUCUUAAUUAGUUUACCUUUAGUGUAUUUUGUUUAAGGACAGUUCAAUUACAUUAAUGACAUUUAAGAAUAUUUUUACUCUGUAUUUUAAAUGUAUUAAAAAGUGUAUAAAUUAAGUACAUCUGGACUAUGUGCUCAAGAAGCACUUUGUCCACUGCAUCCAUGUCUCAAGAAAGUAUAUGUAACAACCUCUCUCUGUCGCUGUUUCUCUCUCGCCGUUACUCUCUGUUGCCAUUUCUCUCUGUUGCUGUUUAUUGCUUCAACUUUGUUUCUUUUUUACUCUUUUCCACAAAUCAGAUUGUUAAUGGGGUUGGCCACAUUCUGCCUACUGGAUAUACCCGAAUGACCAAUGACCAUGUCCAGCUUGACCAGCCUGUCACUUUCCAGAAUGAUGUGGUGUAUCCCCAGCACUCUACCAGUCGCUACUAGAGCUCAAGGACCUGCAAUGUGCACAGAAACGAACUAGUUUUUUCUUAUUUUCCAGUCUUAACAAUGUGUAUUCCAGUAAUCUAACAUUUCUAGUUUCUAGUUUUCUUUUUAAAUCAAAUUGUUACCCAAUCUUCCAGAAGUAUAUAAACAAAAUUACUUUGUUUUUUUAAAAAUAAUUCUCUCCUCUGUAAAUUUGACACAUAAUUAACACCAAAGUCAGUUUCUUUUAGCUACCAGCCCUAAAAGUUCAUUGUGUGGUUCAUUCAUUUCAUCCACUUUAUUCACACACAAAAAUAUUGAACAGUGUCUAAGAUGGUGCCUUAGAAUCAAACGUUUUUUUUUCCUUCUCUCCAUUCAAAGUGAUCUAGAUAGAGAGAAAAUAAUCUUAGAAGCAGUGGCAGUCACGGUGCUCACUCUGGUGACUUAGAUAUGUUUAUGUUUAAAACAUCCACCUAAAGGACAGCAUGGUGAAAGGAAAAUUGUUUCUAUCAAAGGUCUUUGAUGCAUGUGCAAUCUGACCUUUAACCUACUCCUGCCUAACCUACUUUUAUGGGAAUCCCUUAAAAUUUCUAAGCAAGGGUGCGUAACUCUCUCGAAAGCGAUACAUUAAAAAAAAGAUUUCAUGUUUCCUUUCAGAUCUUAUAAAUAUAAAACUGAAUAAAAUGUCCUCAUACCCAUGAAUAAUGCAGUUAUGAAUAUAAAAUAUAUCAAUUUUAAUAACUGAACUUGAAUAUUUGUUAAUUUUCAUAAGAUUUUGGCCAAUGCUGGUGCACACCAUGGUCACAGAAGACGGUAGCAUUAACGACCAAUGUAUUAAUACUCAUUUUAAACUCUGAUGUAGUAAUAUCUCUUACAAAAGAAUCAUCAAUAUUACUUUUGGCAUUCAUAUGAACGCAUUCUACAUCAUUCCUAAGAUGAUGGGUGAGCAACUUUAGUCGCACUGACACCAGUAUAAUGCCGCCCGCAAGGCUUUUGUCAACUGGAUUCAUGUUUUCAUAAAAAUGUACAAAUUGUGAACCAUCAUUUUUAAAGAAACAAUUGAAAAUUUAAAAAUUACAGUUUAAAAUGUCAAACUCUAUUAAUAAUGAUAGCAGCAAGUUUUCAUGUAACCAAUGUAGCUACAUUGAGAAGUCUUACACUAUGAGAAGUCUUCCACUAUGAGAAGUCUUACACUUUGAGAAGCUGAAUACUUGCAAUAGUUUUGAAAUGAUGGCAGUUGUAUUGAAUAGGGGCUGGGCUGCUACAUGGCCAUGACCUUGAUAAAGCUGGUGAAAUAUGCAAUGGGGGGGUUGUCAAGAUAAUAGGAGUGGUCAGGGCAGUGAGAGGGGUCAAGGCAGGACAGGGUUCUAUAUGAAUCAACCACUGCACACAAAAGUUUAAACAAGUUCAUUAAUUGUUUUAAUAUUGUUCUACAGUUUUCUCCACUUAAAACAUUUGACUUUCCUAUGUAUAUAUAUAUUUUUUAAAAAAUUUUUGUAUGGCUUGAGACCUAAUUUUCAAUGGAGCCAGAAAUAUUAAUUUUGAGAACCCUUUUUAUCAUGCAGAGUGCUCUACAAGUGUUAAUCUCAUGUGAGGUGAAAUUUAUUUCUUUAUUUUUGUAAUACAUUCUUUAUGUUAGUCAAUUCAGUUACUUCUGUAAGUAUGCCAGAGGGUACUCAUUUAGAUAGGCCAGAGGCUAGUCCCGUAAGUAGGUCAGAGAGACUUCUUUAAGUAGGCCAGAGGCUAGCUUUGUAGGCUACACCUGUACUGUAAGUAGGCAAGAGGCUACUUCUGUAAGUAGGCUAGAAGGUACUCAUAUAGAUAGGCCAGAGUCUAGUCCCGUAAGUAAGUCAGAGACUAGUCCAUUAAUUUUUUUUUAAUAGAAAAAAAGGAGAAAUGUGUGAAUAUUUAUGUUUCAAUGUAACAUUGUUUAUUGUGUUCUUGAACAAAUUAACAUUGAUACUUUGAUAAGCCAUAUUACUGGGACGUCAUUAGUGUUAUUAAAUGUUUGCUGCUGUCAAUGUCAGUAAAUGACACUCACUUUUCUGAUCUAAUCUGAAACAUUUUUUAAGCACUGAAACUAAAAGCUCAUGAUUUUUGUCUGAAUGGCUAUUUAAGAUUUCUUGAAUUAUUUUCUGACAUGUAUGUUUCAAACACAAUCAUGUAUGUUUCAAACACAAUUAUGUAUGUUUCAAACUCAAUCAUGUUUGUUUCAAGCACAAUCAUGUAUGUUUCAAGUACAAUCAUGUAUUUUCAAGCACAAUCUUGUAUGUUUCAGACAGUCUUAUUCCAGCUCUAAAGCUAAUGCCAAACUCACUGCACACCUUUCCCCAUUGACUAACUGCAGGACUGAAACUCUUAUUUAAAUGAUAGUUUACAUGGCAGUCUAGCCAUCUCUAGUGGUGAUUCUCAAGUAAUUUAGGCCUUCACAUAGAACUGAAGGGUCAAUAUUUGUUGAUCACUUAAAUAUUAUUCUGAGAAGGAUGGGGGAAAAGUUACGAGCCCAUCCUAUUUAUCUCCCUGUUUCAAAAACUCAGCAAGUCUUGUUUAUUUUAUGGACGUAUGGAGCAAAAAUGUUUGUCAACUCCUGACUUGAUUGAUUUCAUUUUUUAAAAAUUAAAUGUCCACCUACAUUUUCUGUAAUUUAUGUGUAUUUGUAUUUUUGCUUAGUUACAGUCAAGCUUUCAGUCUACUCCGCAAUGCAAAUUUUUUUUUAUUAUUUAGGACAUUUUUAUUUAGAGGCAUUUUUAAAAAAAAUGUGCUUGUUGGAGUUCACAUUUUUAUUUUACUGCUUUGAAUUUGUGGACAGGAGGCACAGCACUUAAUUUGCAUUUAAUUAACUUAAUGAUAUUACAUUUGAUAUAUUUUUUGGCAACCAUUCCACAUAUCGUUUACUCAACAUGAAGUGAUAUUAUUUCUAACAGAUUUUCUUCAAGUUUUCUCAGUAAUGCUGUAAACCAAUGUAAACAAAGAUUUUUUUUUUAUCUUUAGUGAAGACAGCUGAAUUUCAAGAACAAAUUUAAGCUGUCACAAGACAGUUGAACCUUAGCUUGAUCUUAUAUAACACAGCCAUAAUACUCCAGUCAGUGGCUGUCUGCAUCUGUCCAUCAAGGAAUUCCUUCUUUGAGAAUUUUAUGGCUGUUUAAAACAUCUGCUGUUCUUUUAGUCCAUUGUCUUGGUGUAGAAGAUAUGUUACCAGACUUUUGUCGUGCCGUCAGUUUUGCGUAGGUAUGUCAGUUGUAAGCUGUUCUCAUGCCUGGGCUGAGAUGUCCAUGCCUCCCUGCCUUAGACUUAGACUAAGGUAGAGGAGUGCAUUGAGCACACACAUCUGGUAGAUCAGCAAUUUGGUCAUUUCUAUGAUGUUUUCAUUGUUCCCAGGUCACUUCUUCUUCCACCUGGUCAUAGAUGCUGCUGCUUUUGCCAUCCUUUCAUUCAACUCUUUAUCAACAGAGAGCAGGCAUAGGGUUGACUGACAACUAACUGACCGAGUCAACUGAGAACAGGCAUAGGGUUGAAUGACAACUAAGUGACCAAGUCAAAUAGUUUUAUCUGUUCUAUGAAAGCAAUAUGGAUGGUCAUCAUCUCACGAUGAUGACACUUCAACUGGCAUUGACAAAAGGUCAUGGUGACGACACUUCAACUGGCAUUGACAAAAGGUCAUGUCAAUGAUUCAAUGACAGACUUUUAUACAUAAAUAAAGAAAUUAAAUCGUUUCCAAAACAGGAAGUUUUCAAAGGGGAAUAUUCCCUCAAGCUGGAAUGUUUUUGGUAUUUAACACAAUGCUCAUCAUCACAGUAAUUAUUGCUUUUUGUUUUUUUUUUAAUGGUUACUGUAUUUUUCACUUUGUGUAUCUUUCCAUAACUGCUCUAGGCCAGUGUAUUAUAAAAUAAUAUGAGUCAUGAUGUGAAUCUAAGUUUCUUUCACUUGGUAUCAUAACAUGUCCAUUUGGAGGGGGGGAUUGACAAAUUUCUUAUCUUUGAACAAACUUUUAAGGAUCGUGGGUUUUGUUCACUGAAUCUCUAGCUUAUUUUGGAAGCUGAUAUGUUUUGAUUUAAAGCCACUCCUGUCUGCUCAGUCAGGUUUUGUUGUGUUCAAAGAUGGCUACAUUAAACCAAAGACUACCAAACCAUUUGUGAGAUCAAAGGUAGCUACAUUAAAAUUAAACCAAAGACUACCAAACAAUUUGUGAGAUCAAAGGUAGCUACAUUAAAAUUAAACCAAAGACUACCAAACAAUUUGUGAGAUUAACUCAACACUUUAUUACAAUGGCUGCAAGCUAUUUUAUUAUUUGCUUGGUUUAUAAUUUUACUGCUUGGUUUAUAAUUUUACUGCCAUAAUUUCACCCACUUUGAUAUUUUUCUGUUUGUUCAGAUUUAUUGUCUUGAUUUGAUGUUAUUAAAGUAGUUUCAUUUCA